AAAAACGAUAUGGAUUAUGCCCUUCAAUUCAAACAGUCAGUAGAAAUAAUGAAUUGGAAAGAAUGUUAUGAGAAUGGAUAUUUUAGUACUUAUACCGGGCUAACAAGUUUAAAGAGAGCAUUUUACAAAAAAAAAAAAAAAAAAAGGCCUAAUGAAGAAAAAUAG